GCUUCUGCCACACAGAGGGCAAGAAGGUGGUGGUGGGCGGCAAGCGGAAGGCGAGUCCGUGGCAGUACAACGUCAUCAACUGGAAACAACCCACCGUCCGCGCUGGAGACGUUCUCGUGUUUCGGUGGCGGUUCCUGCCGCACGACGUGUGGGUGAUGAACUCGCAGACCGCCUACGCCAACUGCGACUUCUCCGCCGCUAGUUCCACCAAGAAGACGGGCAUCUCCGUGACCGGCAAAUACAA